AUGUACGCCGUUGAGCAGGAUAGGGCCCAUCCGGGGCCGCCGCCACCACCACCACUUUCAAUGGAUCGCAUCUCUGCACCAUCCGCCGCAUAUCCCACUCCAGGCACUGGUCCGUUACGUCCCUCCGAUCAUCUUGCGCCCGUGACCACCCUACAUGAAGGUCGGCUGUGGUCAUUGCAAGUCGUCCAACAGCCUAUCCGAGCGCGCAUGUGUGGCUUCGGUGAUAAAGAUCGACGACCAAUUACACCGCCGCCUUGUAUUCGACUCAUUGUGAGAGAUGCGCAAACGGACAAAGAGAUUGAUAUCAAUGAGAUUGAUACUUCAUUUUAUGUCCUCACGGUUGAUUUAUGGAACGCCGAUGGCACCAAUGAAGUAAACCUUGUGAAGCAUUCCGCUACCUCGCCUUCAAUCUCAACCGCCAUGUCAUCAUCGUACCCGCCUCCGCCACAGACCAUGUCUCCUACGUACCCGCCCUACGGUCAGCCUUACGGUCAGCAAGUCGGAUAUCCGCCAGUGAACAACUACUACGGAGCCCCGCAAAUGCAGCAGUACCAGAAUGCCUACAACCCGCAAGUAGGCUACCAGUACGGUUAUCCACCUCAGACUCAGAUGCAACCCAACAUGUCUCCCGCGCCACCACAGGUCACCGGUGGCCCCGGAGGAAUGUUCACUAGGAAUCUUAUUGGAAGCCUCAGCGCCAGUGCUUUCCGCUUGACGGAUCCUGACAACAAGAUUGGUGUAUGGUUUAUUUUGCAAGAUUUGAGUGUCCGGACAGAAGGUUCUUUCCGACUUAAAAUGAGUUUUGUUAAUGUUGGAACACAAUCAUCCGAAACUGGCAAUGGUGCCCCCGUGAUUAACCACGGAAUCGCACCAGUCUUAGCGUCAGUCUUCAGUGACCCAUUCCAGGUUUUCUCGGCAAAGAAGUUCCCCGGCGUGAUUGAAAGCACCCAACUUAGCAAAUGCUUCGCGCUACAGGGCAUCAAAAUUCCCAUCCGAAAGGAUGGAGUGAAAGGUCCCCGCGGCCGUGGCGGUGGCGACGAUGACGACGAUGAAGGAGACUAUUAG